GAGUAGAGAAAAUUGUAUUGAGCGAAAAUUGUAAAAAACGUCGACAACGUCGCAGAGUGAAAAUCUUUUGAAUUGAAAAAGUAGCUGGUGCAUUGUAAUCAAAACGCCAAAAUGAAUGAGGAAUACGAUGCGAUAGUUUUGGGCACCGGCCUCAAGGAGUGCAUAUUGAGCGGCAUGCUCUCCGUGUCUGGCAAGAAAGUCCUGCAUAUUGAUCGCAACAAAUACUAUGGCGGCGAGUCGGCCUCCAUUACACCGCUGGAGGAGCUGUUCCAGCGUUAUGGCCUGGAGGCGCCUGGCGAGAAAUUCGGGCGUGGUCGUGACUGGAAUGUUGACUUGAUUCCCAAGUUUUUAAUGGCCAAUGGGCAAUUAGUGAAACUGCUGAUACACACGGGCGUCACCCGUUAUCUGGAGUUCAAGUCAAUUGAGGGCAGUUACGUUUACAAGGGUGGAAAAAUUGCCAAAGUGCCGGUGGAUCAAAAGGAGGCGCUGGCAUCUGAUCUCAUGGGUAUGUUUGAGAAGCGUCGCUUCCGGAACUUCUUGAUCUACGUGCAGGACUUUAGAGAGGAUGACCCAAAGACCUGGAAGGACUUUGAUCCAACCAAAGCCAACAUGCAGGGCCUCUAUGACAAGUUUGGGCUAGACAAGAACACCCAGGACUUUACUGGUCAUGCGCUGGCGCUGUUCCGUGAUGAUGAGUAUCUUAAUGAGCCGGCUGUAAACACCAUACGACGCAUCAAACUGUAUUCGGACUCGCUGGCGAGAUAUGGCAAAUCGCCCUAUCUGUAUCCCAUGUAUGGUCUUGGAGAGCUGCCGCAGGGCUUUGCCCGCCUAUCGGCCAUCUAUGGUGGCACCUACAUGCUGGACAAGCCCAUUGACGAGAUUGUCCUUGGCGAGGGCGGCAAGGUCGUGGGCGUGCGUUCUGGCGAUGAAAUCGCCAAGUGCAAGCAGGUCUACUGCGAUCCCAGCUAUGUGCCCGAGAAGGUGCGCAAGCGUGGCAAGGUCAUUCGUUGCAUUUGCAUCUUAGAUCAUCCGGUGGCAAGCACCAAGGAUGGACUCUCUACUCAAAUCAUCAUUCCACAAAAGCAAGUCGGUCGCAAAUCGGACAUUUAUGUAUCUCUGGUCAGCUCCACCCAUCAGGUGGCCGCCAAGGGCUGGUUUGUGGGCAUGGUCUCCACUACAGUGGAGACUGAGAAUCCCGAGGUGGAGAUCAAGCCUGGUCUGGAUUUGCUCGAGCCGAUUGCACAAAAGUUUGUCACCAUUUCGGAUUAUUUGGAGCCAAUCGAUGAUGGCCUUGAAUCGCAAAUAUUCAUCUCGGAAUCGUAUGAUGCCACCACGCACUUUGAGACUACUUGCCUGGAUGUUUUGAACAUCUUCAAGCGUGGAACUGGCGAGACUUUCGACUUCUCUAAAAUUAAGCAUGAGCUCGGCGAUGAGGAUCAGUAAAUGGACACGGUGCGAUUCUUUGGUGGAUGGGUGCGCGCUUGUGGCAGGACGACACGGCAACUUGCAGCUCAACAACAACAACAACACAAAAGAAAAACAACAUCAACUACAAUAACAACAACAUUAUUUUAGCAUCGUUGUGCGGCCGUUGCCAAAAAAAGAAAACCAAAAGCGAUUUAAAUAUCCAAUAAAAUUUGAAAAACAAACAACAACUACAAAAUGUAUUACAACAACAACAAACAUGAAACAUGUAUUUUUCAUCACACGGCGCAUAAUAUUUUUAUGUGAAAUGACAUUUUAGAUAUGUAUUACAAGAAAAGAAACACAAACAUUGCUUGCUUGUCGCAAUAUUGGUAUAUGCCUAGAAGAUAUAUACUUAAAAUACAUAAAAAAAAAUAUGCAGCAUAUGGCAGUUAAAGUAAAUAACAUAAGGCAGAGUCGAAUCCACUUAAAUUAGCCAAAAUUUAUUGUUGUGAACGAAAAUUUAUUGAAAUGCAUGUAAACUUUGAUGUAUAAUCCUCGAAAACAGCCACGAUUACCCUUUUGACCACUGUCACCCUCACCGUCACUUUACCAUACC